AUGACUGGACUCGAGAGAGAGGCAAGGGUCGCGAAGGCUACCGAAGCCGUUUCGGCCACUCCCGAUGUGGUCCAACACCCUUUGGGGGCAAACGGAGUGUCGACUCCUGCGAUCGACAUCGAAUCAACCGUCUCUGCAUGGAUCUGCGUGCUGGGGAGCUUCCUUUUCAUGAUACCAACUUUUGUCACAGGCAUGAUGCAAUCUGUCGGGACUUUCCAAUCAUACCUACACCUGAACCAGCUGCAGGACUACUCUGCUGGGGACGUGGGAUGGAUCACCGGGAUGUACAUGUUCCUGGGCAUGUUUGCCUCCAUCCAGGUGGGACCCUUGAUCGACCAGCACGGGCCUCGGAUCCUGAGCGUGAUUGGUGCUGUUUCUGUGUCUGCCACGUUCUUCAUGUUUGCCGAGUGCAAGACCUACUGGCAGUUCAUGCUCUGCUUUGGCGUCUUUGGAGGUCUCUCGCUAGCUAUCGCAUGUACGAUUGGCGUCACGGUCGUCAGCAAGAUCUUUGUCCGCAACAAAGGUCUGGCUGUAGGGCUGUCCAUGACAGGAUCCUCUGUGGGAGCCGUCAUCUUCCCCAUAGUCCUGCGUUCGCUGCUGCCCAAGAUGGGAUGGGCGUGGUCCAUCAGGAUAAUUGGGUUUCUCGUUAUUGGAGUAUUGACCCCAGCCAUCCUUUGCUUGGUGCCCUACACUCGACUGUCGCGUCUCAUCGCGUCUCCCACCGGGCCCUCGGUCCAGCCCAAAAAGAUUUCCCUUUUGGACUUCAGAGCCUUCAGGUCUGUUGCAUUCACGUUGGUGGCGGCCGAAUAUUUCAUGAUACAAUUCGUGAUAAGUGGGAUCUCUGGUCUGUUGCCCGUCAUAGCUACCGGCGCUGGCCUAACGGUUGAGUCUGGCUAUACGCUGCUUUCCAUCGUGGGAGGCGCCUCAGCGUUCGGCCGAGUCAUCCCGGGAACGGUCGGGGACAGAGUUGGUCACUUCAAUGUUCUGCUUGUCAUGACUGCGGUUUCCUUUAUCCUGCUCGUUGUCAUGUUUGUGCCAUUCGGCAGCAAUAGCAGGGUUCUUUAUGCCUUUUCAGCCCUAUGGGGCUUCUGUUCAGGCUCGUUUCUAUCAAUAUUGCCUGUCUGUGUUAGCAAAACAUGCGAAGCUAAGGAGUAUGGCCGUUACUACGGCUCUGUCAAUUUUGUCGUAAGCUUUGCGUUGAUGAUCUCCAUCCCUGCAAACGGCACAAUGAUCGAAGAGAUGGGACUGCAGGCUCUUGGCGGACUCCUUGCCGGCGUCCUCGCUAUUGGAGGGAUCUGCCUGUUUGCAGCAAGGGCACAGCUACUGGGAACCUGGUUCUCACUCAAGACCGCAAUCUGA